UCUGUCGGACCGGCUGCCUGUCCGUAGGCGCAAACGUGCCAUCUCCUCGCACAUCAUGUGCUCCUGAUACCAAAAUAUAAAAUUUCCUGAGAAUUUCGAUACGUACCUGGUAUUCCUCGUGCCACUUCCUCGCAUAUCAUGUUCGCCUGAUACCAGAAUAAAAAUUCUAUCUCGAAACUUACCUAUUGUAUCCGGAUCUCAUGAACAGAGAAGAGAUGUGUCAGGGUAAGGAUGGAAAUUAAUAGGAAACAUUCUAGAAAUUGAAGAGAAAUAAAGGGAACUGUCUGGAGCCCUUAGGAGUUGUUAAGAGAUAAUGGAGGGGGAGGUGGGAGGUGUUAGGGGGUGUUUGGAGACGAUAGAGAGUGUUUGAAGGUGUUAUAGGGUGGUAGGAGUUGUUAGUGUGUAUUAGGAGCUGUCAGGAAAUGUCAGGAUGUGUAAAGGAGAUGUUAGAUAGUGUUAGAAGGACGAGACGUGAUUUUUACGAUCUCGAUCUUGAUCAGAAAAAAUGUCGAAACAUGCAUAUCGAUCCCGAAUUUUCGACAGUUCCAAAUGUGCAAACAUUCUCGGAAUAUAUUACUAUAGAAUUGAAUAUCAACACUUGUAAUACACACCUUUAUUUUAUUAGAAACGAUAUACAAUUUUUGCAGUUCUCAGAUUAUACGGGUUUAAUGAUUCCAUUCCAGAAUGCAAGUACAUUACAAAUAGGAUAAUUUUAUAUAAUGCAAGAAAACAACAUUUCAGAAAAUACGUAUUUCGUAGUUUGGUCUGUAGUUUAAAUAUAGAAAUUGUUGUGAAAUUUGACGAACAUUUUCCAAUAAAAAUAUAUCAAUGUUAAUACAUCAUUUAUACAAAUGAAUUUUUCUGUAAACUAAUUAUAUUCCUGCUAAUCUAAAUCUAUUCUCACUUUACACUUCACACUUUAAUAUUCAUUGCUAACCGUAAUUGUUACUAAUAUUUAAUUGAACACUGGAUGAUACUGUAUGUAUCAUAAACGUUUAAUUAUGUCGAAUUAAGUUUUAAUUGUUCCAAUCACAAGAUAUUAAAAUAUAAAAAAAUAUCUCACGACAAGCUGUGUAAUGGGACAUAUUUAUUCUGUUACUACUCACCCAUUUCAUCGCCUCACAGCAUUUUUCACUAUAUAACGUGACAUGAAUUUCGGCUGUUCGAAAAUAAAAAGAUUUUCAAUCUUAAAAACAAAAUUCCCUUUAGUUGCUUCAAGAAAUUGUGCCCUGUAGAGAAUCUCCAACUAUUAAACAAUUCCGAUAAGAAUACUUUGUAAUCGACGAGAAGAUUUACUUUGAGUAGAAUGAGUGGUGCAGGUCAGACUCAUGGAUGCGUUUGAAUAACGCCUUUGGAGUACUAUGCCGAAUAAUAUAUUACUCUUGAGAUACAAUGAAAUGAUAUAUUAUUUCUUUCAUGGUUAUUUCGUUCUUAAAAUGCAAUCACAUGAAAUUGUUUUGGAAAUAAUAAUUACCAACAAACGAAGAUGAUGAUUAAUAUAAUAAUUGAUGAACAAACACACGUUUCGAUAAAUUACAAAUAUACAGUGUGAUCAAGCAGGUUUAUAGUUUAGAAGUACAAUUCAUUGUUAUUUCAUACAUUAAAUUUGCAUCGUGAAACGAAGCAACUGUAAUGGAUAAUAAACGAACGUGAAUUCUUGAUCAAGGGAGUUUUUAAUUAGACCCGCGUGAAUUAUAGAGUGACGAUAACAAUUUACAUUUAUUACAGUAAUUACGAGACCGUUGCAAAAUUAGCGGAUACGCUUAGAUUGCGUAAACCACUGUCUGAUCCACGUGGCUCGUUACUACUGAUGCUGAUCACAUACGAGCCAUUACUACUGGCAGUGAUCAUCUCCCGAUGAUGAUCAGACCGAGAGUACGUGAUACGCGUGCGAUUACGCAAUUUGGAAACGAAUAUUCGUCUGAAAUAUAAACACGAUCAUUUUGUCUACUUUUUAAUACCUUCCGAUGCUUUCAUCCUUAAUAGAUCUUUCCGUAGAUUUUUAUACCGAUUACAACUGACGAAUGUAUUUCGAGAAUCGAGGGCGCUAAUCUUUCAUCGAUAUCGAGGUUGCAAUAUUUAAUCACUCUGGUCUGACCAAUCAUUUAAGUUAAUCAAUGUUUUGAAUCCGAUUAUUCGAUCAUUAAAUACUAAUGAGCUGCAUUGGUCAAAUGUUCUAUAUUGUUUGAUUCAUAAUGCAUGGACCCGAGUGAGACUACAAUUAUUGUUCGUGUUAUUAAUUAAUCAACGGUAGGAACAGUGGAAGAGAACAAGUAAAAUUUUGUUUCAAAUAGAAACAGAGCCGAAACACGAACAAAUCCCGUUUUCGCCACACUGAAAAAUUGUAAAUAAUAAUAAGUAAUAUACUUUAGUUUAUGCACCUUGUCUACGGGUAUUGGAACAGCUUAACGUGGGGAACGAAGUGGCUGAAAAUAAUUAGGGCGCAUUGUUCGACAAGGCUCUAUGGAAUUUCAUCGAACAAAUUGAACGUAAUUGAAAUAACGUCCAACGUGAGACACCGUAUGGUCGCUUGUAGCUCGUAUUAAUUAACAUCCAAGCAAUCAAUGUCGUUACCUACGGCGUAAACUGUGAGUAAACACACAUUGGAUCCUACGAUGCAUGUGACGGGUGUUAUAUAUAUGCUCAUCGUACAUGCACGUAAAAGAUGAUUACUCGUACAUGUUAUUGGUUAACUUAUAUUUCACGUGUACGUUGUACGUAGCCAGACCUCUCGUGAUUCUAGAAAAUGUUUAUAUUCGGUUUCGCUCCUUUACUAAAAAUAAUUGGAAGGGAAUGUAUCAUUCUAUCAUAACGAAUCGGAAUAAUAAAAUUCCCUGGGCAACAAUGACCACUGAAAUAAUUAUUCGUCACAUAAAAAUGUUCUGAAAUACUCGUGACGAUCCGAUGGCAUUCAUGCAAGGAGUAAUUACUCGCCUAUCCGUGUACAGUCGGGGGAAAAAUCGGACAAACUAGUGGCAUAAUGGAAAUGGUUGUUAUUUGGAAAUUAAAUUUUAUUUAAAUUUUAUUUAAAUUUAAUUUUCAAUUUUAUUAUAAUUCCAAUUUUAUCUAAAUGAUUUCAGCAUUGGAAAGGGACGGAAAACGAAGAAAUUGCUUUCUAAGGUAAUGCUAGUAACCACAUGUACCACUUUGGAAUACGAGUAUGAAAUGACGUGCGAUUACGUCAGCGACAGAUUUUUAAAUGACGUGGUUCCACGUCAGGAGUAAUCACCUCCGGAUUUAAAAAUUACGUGGAGCUGCGUCAACGGUCAUGAAUGCGUAAAUAUUGAUAUCAAUUAUCGAUUGAACAAUUUAGAACAAGGUUUGAAAAGAGCACAUGCACGAUCGUCUCUUUGCACAGAUGCCUCGUUAUUUUCUUUAAUGAAUGUUUGCCUCGCAUUCAUAAUACCUCUUCGCGCGAUAAAGACAUUGAACAAAUAAAAAAUACAUGAUAAAUAAAAAUUUAAGUGUGCUACUAAACAUUUUUAUGCUACUAAUUUUAAUUGCACUCUAAUAAUGACCGUUUUCACUUUAAUUUUGUCCCUAACUGUAUAUGUAAUCGGUUAGUCGUGCUCGAACCUCGAAACGCGGUAGCAUUUUCAAGCUUGACGAUUAAAACCUGACGUAGCUCACCUUCUACAGUGUCGUCGAAGAGAGUGUAACGAUAGGACACUUUUAUCGACGUAAUUGUGUGUCACCGUGAUACACCGAUCUGGUGAAGCUUGCGGGAACGUUCUGGCGAUAUCGCGUGGCAGUCGAGACCAUGUCGAAACCGAGGCUCUUCAUGGUGACUUUUGUGGAUAGUGAGCCUGGCCCAGUUAACCGUGGGAAUGUUUCUGGGCUGGACGUCUCCCAUGAUACCGAAAUUGCUGGCAGAGGAUUCGAGCUUCAGGAUCACCGAGGCCGAGGCAUCCUGGACGGUAUCCUUGUUGAAGCUUGGAAUGGCGUUCGGUUGCUUCCUUUCGAUAUUCAUCGUUGACUUCGCUGGCAGAAAGAUAGCGAUACUGCUCGCCAUCAUUCCCACGGUUUCGAGUUGGUUGUUGAUCGUGUGGGGCAGAUCGAUUCUGAACCUGUAUUUGGCACGCGUCAUAGGCGGCACUGCCAGCGGCAUAAUUUUCACGGCAGGCUCCAUGUACGUGACAGAGAUAUCUCCACCCCACGUGCGCGGCGCUUUGGGUAGCUGCUUCGUAUUAAUGGAUUACUGUGGCAGUCUUCUUGGUUACGUACUGGGCUCUUUCACCAGCAUGGAAGAAUACUCAUACGUGGCGAUAUCCCUAUCGAUGCUGCAAUUUCUGAUAUUCAUCUGGUUCCCUGAAACCCCCUACUUCCUCCUGCGCAGGAAGCAUUACGGGGAUGCCAUGGACUCUCUAAUAUUUUUGCGCGGUUCACCUGUCAUCGUCGAGGAAAUGGACUCUAUAAUGAAAUCUGUGGAGUGCGAGCCCAAGAACAGUGGGGUGUUCUCGUCCAUCCUUCACCUGAUCACUCAGCCAGGCGGCAAGAAGGAGAUCCUGAUCGGCGCAUGCAUAAUGACCAUGCAGGCAUUCUCUGGCUCGAUCAUUGUAAUCGGUUACGCCCAAACGCUCUUCGAGUACAUCCACGACGCCGACGUCGAGCUGUCAGGUUCAUACAUGAGCAUCGUUCUGGCGACGGUGCAUCUCAUCUCUUACCUCUUGUGCAUCGGUCAAGUGGAUCGUUUGGGAAGAAGACCUCUGAUGAUCGCCUCCGUCAUCGGGGUUGCCACCUGCAGCUUCUUCUUGGGUAUUUACUUCUGCAUGCAGGAACACUACGUCGACGUCAACAGCCUGCAAUGGGUGGCCUUCGUGGCGGUAUUGUUCUACGCCGCGAGCAUAUCUUUGGGAUUGGCCAGCGUGCCUUUCGUUGUAAUGAAUGAAAUUUUCCCGAUGUACGCGAAAGCAACCUGCGUAAGCCUGUGUUUCUGCUUGAACUCGCUUUGGUCGUUCGCCAUGGUGUGCGUUUGGAGCCUCGUCGCGUUUCAGCACAGUCUGUACGCCGCUUUCUGGCUCGUCACUGGACUCAACGCGUUUGGCAUCUUGUUCUUGAUAUUCUAUCUCCCGGAAACGAAGAGGAUGACCCUAUCGCUGAUACAGGAGAAGAUUGGCAGCUUCGCGAAAAAAUGACGACCGAGAUGCUAACACGAGAUGUAGUUCAAAGGCGUCGAAAGAAAAAUGAAUAAAGAAUUUCAUUCGAGAUAGUUAAACAAGCGACGUCGAGCAAGAAAGACAAUCGGGAUGAUUAACCCGUUAAGCUACAACCACGCGUGAGACUCCUGGUCGAAUAUUCGGUCUAAAACUGACUAUCAUAUUUUGGUCUAAGGCUGUUGAAGUUUAAAUCGUAGCUUGAGAGGUUAAUUCGGGAAUAAAGCACGUACCUACACCUAAUCUAGGAAGUAUUUUUACCAUUUUAUUUGAAAUUUGUUUGUUAUAUCGUUUUACACUUUUCUUAUCCAAGGGACUUUGUAAUAUCAUUUUUCACUUUUCAUUCUUUUGAGCGCAUGGCACGAUCGUUCUGAUGGCGAGUUCAUAAUAAAAAUUAACAGAACAA